AUGGCAGUCGGGACCAAUAUUGCGGUGAAAAUUGAUCCUGAUCGAAAGGAUGUGUGGGUGCCUGACACCGAGCAGGGAUACCUGCCCGGCUAUGUCGUCAAGGAGAAUGGAGACCAAAGCAUGGUGUGCCUUUCCUCUGGGCAGACCGUCACUGUCCCAACCACAGUCCUCAGCGAGAUGAACCCUCCCAAGUUUGAGAAGGUCGCCGACAUUGCGGACUUGACCUUUCUGAAUGAGGCGAGUGUCGUGCACAAUCUGCGGCAGCGCUACUUUAGCGACCUGCUUUAUACAUACUCUGGCCUCUUUUUGGUCGCAGUAAACCCCUACCAUGCACUCCCUAUUUAUACAGAAGCAGUCGUGGACAUGUACAAGGGCCAGCGGCGCGAAGCUAAUCCUCCUCAUAUCUUUGCCGUGGCCGACGGCGCAUUCCGUAAUAUGCUGCGCGACCAAGAAAACCAGAGCCUGUUGAUCACAGGCGAGUCUGGCGCUGGAAAAACAGAAAGCACCAAGCGUGUGAUCCAGUACUUGGCGGCCGUUGCCGUAGACGCGGAUGCGGAUGCGAAUGUUGCCCACGCGCCGCGCCGCGUCUCGCAUGCGCCGCUGGGCCUGCUCGAGCGCCAAAUUUUGCAGGCCAAUCCUAUUCUCGAGGCAUUUGGCAAUGCCCAAACGGUGCGUAACAACAACUCCAGUCGAUUCGGCAAGUUUAUCCGCAUCGAGUUCACGACGGGCGGCGCGAUUGCGGGCGGCAACAUUGAUUGGUACCUCUUGGAAAAGAGCCGCGUGCACAACCGCAGCGCGAACGAGCGCAAUUUUCACAUCUUUUACCAGUUGCUGCGCAGUCGCGACAAGGCGCUGCUCUCCGAGUUCCAACUCAGCAACUUUCCCGACGCGUACAAAUAUCUCAACGGCUCGCGCAAAGACGUUGAGGGCGUCGACGAUAGCCAGGAGUGGAUACAGCUCCUGGAUGCACUCUGCACCAUGGGCUUUUCCGCCGAGGAGAAAAAGGACUUGUUCCGCGUGAUUGCUGCCAUCCUCCAUCUCGGCAACCUCGACAUUGCCGAGGACCGCUCGGAGCAAGCGCGAAUCACAAACCCCGAGCAGCUGGCGCUGGUAAGCGAGCUGAUCGGCGUCGAACCUAGCAAGCUCUCCACUGCCCUCGUUCGUCCGACCGUGCGCGCAGGCCGCGAAACAGUGAGCCAAUCGCGCAGCAAGAAGCAGGUCGUGGACGAGAUUGCUGCGCUAUCCAAGACCAUGUACGAAAAGACGUUUGGAUGGCUGGUCAGCCGCAUCAACCACGUCCUCGACCGCCCGACGAGCAAGUCGCGCUACAUUGGCGUUUUGGACAUUGCCGGGUUCGAGAUUUUCGGGACGAAUUCUUUCGAGCAGCUCUGUAUCAACUACACCAACGAGCGGCUUCAGCAAUUCUUCAACCACCACAUGUUUAUGCUCGAGCAGGAAGAGUAUGCGCGCGAAGACAUCAAGUGGGACUAUGUCAACUUUGGGCUCGAUCUGCAGCCCACCAUCGACCUGAUUGAGUCGACGAGUCCCAUUGGUGUCCUCGCGACCCUCGACGAGGAAUGCAUCAUGCCCAAAGCAACGGACCAAACAUUUACCGACAAACUCACCUCUACGUGGGGCUCGAAGCGCGCAAGCACCGACGUGAACCAGAAAUUUGUAGCGUCGCGCCAGGUAAAGCGGUUUGUCGUGCGCCACUAUGCGGCAAACGUCGAAUACAACACCGAGCAGUGGCUGGACAAGAACCGCGACCCCCUCAAUGAGAAUGUCGCGCGUGUGUUGGCCGGCGCGGAAGCAUCCUUUAUUGGCUCCCUCUUUGCCGAGUUCCAGGGAGAGUGUGUGAUGCCGCGGGGCCGGCGCGGCGCUUUCCGCACGGUCGGCCAGCGCCACAAAGAGCAGCUUGCUUCGCUCAUGGCCCAGCUUUCUUCCACGCAGCCCCAUUUUGUGCGCUGCAUCGUGCCGAACAAUGAAAAAAAGCCUGGCAAGAUGGAUCUGUUCUUGGUGCUUGAUCAGCUGCGCUGCAAUGGUGUCCUCGAAGGCAUCCGCAUUGCGCGCCUCGGCUAUCCAAACCGCACGCUCUUUUCCGAGUUUUGUACGCGUUAUGCACUCCUCGUCCCCGAUGUUCUCAAUGCCGGUGCCAUGGACAGGCGUGUUAUGAGCCAGCGUAUCGCCCAAGCACUCGGCAUUGCAGAAGAGGUGUACAAGGUCGGGCUCACCAAGAUCUUUUUCAAAGCCGGCGUCCUCGCCGAGCUUGAGGAGCAGCGCGACGCGUAUCUCCGCACUCUCUUUACCCACUUCCAGGCCAUGUGCCGCAGAGCAAGCGCGAUGCGCAUCGCCAAGAAACGCCUGCGCCAGGCCGCGGCGCAGCAGACGCUGCGCGAUGCUGCUGUGGCUUACGAUGCGCUGCAAAGGUGGCCGUGGUGGCGCAUGUACAUGUCGCUACUCCCUCUCCUCUCUGCCACACAAGACGACGAGGCGCGCAAACACCGCGAGCUGCAAGUCGCCAUGGAAAAAGAGCGUGCACAGCGCGACGAGCGCGAGCGCGCGGCGCUGGAAUCACUCAAGACAAGGCUUGCGGCAGAGAAUGCCGUAGUCGUUGCUGCACUGGACGAAGAGCGUGCGAAGCAUGCGUCUGUGCGCGACCAAAUAACGGCCACCACCGCAGCGCUUGUCGCCGCGGAGAAAAAUACCGAUGAGUUGCGCGCAGAGCUCGCGCAGAACGUCACCAUGCACUCUGAUUUCGAUGCGCAGCUCGCCAAGCUGGAGCAGAAUGUUGCGCACAUGCACAGCCAGCUCGAAGAAAGCAGCCAGCGCGAGCAAGAAGCAGCCCAUGACAUGAAAUCGCUCUCUGCGCACCUCGAUGCCGUCCUCGGCGAGCGAGGCGAACUCGAGCGCGACAAGGAAGACGCGACGGCCAAGCUUUUGCGCGCCGAAGAAGCGCUGCAACGCAUGCAUGCAGCGAGCAACGAGCAGAGCCGCGCUGCUGAGGCCCACGUCCGCGAUCUUGCGGCGCAGCACGAGCAAGAAAUGCAGAGCGUGCGUGCGAGCUUGGAAAGCCACCGGGCCACGUCGCAGAAAGCCGCCGAGACGCACGCGUCGCAGCUUGCCAAAGCCGAUGCACAGCUUGCGCAGCUCGCCGCCUCGCUUGCCGAGCACACGGUCAAAUACGAACAAGAGGCGCGCGAGGCUGCGGCAAAGCAUGCAGCCGUAGAAAAAGCGCUUACUUUGGCCGAGGAGCGCGCCGCUGAGGCAGAGCAAGCGCUCUCAGCGGCGAGAGUACAGCAUGCCGAGCUGCAGGAGCGCAGUGCCAGCGAUGCAACGAAAUCGAAUGCGCUCCUCUCUGAGCUGGACAGUGUGCGCAGCGAGCAGAAAGCAGCGCAGAAAGCACUGGACGCCGAGCGCAGCGAGAAGCAAGGCAUGGCGCGGCGUGUCGCGUCGAUGGAAGAGCAGCAAGCCGCGCUCUUGGCACAGAGCACCGCACAGCACGACGAGGUCAAGAAGCUGCGCGACGCACUGAAACACGCCGAGCUCGAGAAUAAGCGCCUGGAUGCGAUGCAGUCCAAGACGAUUGUCGAGCACGUGCAUGUCUUGGAAGAAGCCAAGAAGUACACGGACCGCCAGCUGAGUGACGUACAGACAGAGCUGCAGGAGCUAACGACCUACACUCGCUCCCUCGAGCGCACGCGCGCGAAGCUGCAGCAGGAUAAUGAGCAGCUCACACGCGCCGCGAGCCAAUCUGCAGAGCCGCCAGCGCCGCCGAAAGAAGUCUAUGAGGAGCGCGACAAGGCGCGUAGCGAUCUGCUGCGUGCCAAGCAAGCGGCGGAUCUGACACUGCGCCAAACGCGCGCCGAGUACGAGACGCGUAUUCAAAAGCUCGAGGAGGAGAUGCGCAAGUCGCAGCGCAAUUCUUCCUUGGUCGCUACAGACCGUGUGCUUAGCGACUUGCGCUCCGAGCGCAAGAUGAGCUCGGCUGCACGCAAGGUGCUCGAAGAGCUGCGCCUCGAGAAUGAGCGCCUGGAGCAGGACCUCGCGGCCAAGGCCAGUGCACUGCGCACCACCGCUGGAUAG